AUGGUCCCGCCGGGCGCCCGGGCGCUGCUGUGCGCGCUGCUGUGCGCGCUGCCGGGCGCGCUGCCGGGAGCGCAGGGGCUGGCUGCCACCCGCGCAGGAGCGUGCAGAGAGCUGGGAUCCUGCGAGAAAUGCCUCCAGGGUGCUGCCUCCCACAACGGCACGGGCUGCGUGUGGACGGGCUGCGGGACGCCCGAGCGGCCAGAGCCGGGGAGCUGCGUGCCCAGCGAGGAGGCCGCGCGGGAGGCGUGCGCGCUCUACAACACCACCGCGCUGUGUCAAGCACUGAAAUCCCCCACUGAAGAGCCGCCGCGGCCGCCUAGCAAGGAGCCACCGACACACUCCCCAAAGACCACCACCACCAGCGCCCCGUUGACGGGCAGCCCCGAGUUUCACCCGCCCGGGUUCGACACGGCCAGCUUCAUCGGCGGCAUCGUGCUGGUGCUGAGCGUCCAAGCCGUGGUCUUCUUCAUCAUCAAGUUCAUCAAGUCCAAGGACAGCACCUACCAAACGCUGAUCUGAGGCCGGUGCCCGCCUGGGGCUGGGGAAACCCUUCGCUGGUCCUCCCCAGGGGCAGGCGGAGAAGGGAGAAGAGGUCAGCGCUGCCCGGCCGCCUUGCCCCCUGCCAGGAGCAUCCUGACCUGGCCACCGGGCCCCUGCCUGCCUCCCUCCCGCACCAGGACUAUGCAAAGCGCUGCUGGCGCCGGGGGAACGGGCUCCCCUGCUCCUCUUCCCUCCCCGGGGGCUGGCACUGGGGCGACGGCGCACGGUGGCUGCG